ACACACACACACACACACACACACACACACACACACACACACACACACACACACACACACACACACAAUUAAACUAACUCUCACACACACAGUCCGUUAGGAUGAGCAUUAAGACGUGGACCUCCAGGAUCCUUACCCUGCUUCUUUGGAUUUGCAUCUCAGGAUUGAGCUCCGACUCUGGGAAGAAUAACACACAGGAGCCCCCCUACUCCCACCAGCUACCGUGCCAGCCAGGUUAUUAUUGCCCCAAUGGGGGCAGUCGUGGGGCGUUGCCCUGCCCCCGGGGCACGUUCAGCCCGGAGGAGGGUGCCACGUCAGUGGAGUGGUGUGUGAGCUGCCCCCCCCACCACUACGGCCCCCGCCAAGGGAUGCGGGUGUGUGUGCCAUGUGGCCCUGAGGCUCACCAGCCCCUCCCUGGACAAGACAGGUGUGUGUGUCAAGGGGAGGGACAAAGCUUCCAGCCCAGUGAUGGCCGGUGUGUGUGUACUCUGGGCUCAGAGCGGGACCGAGAGGGCCGUGUGUGUGUGCAGAGGGUGUAUGACAUCUGCAGAGAGGGAUUCUCACGCACCCAGCAUGGAGACUGCAUGGAUGCUGCCCAGUGGAGAAAACACUGCUCCCUGCAGGUGUGUGAGACUCCGGAGGAGUACCAGGACUACGACGCGUCCCUUGGCGUGUGUGUGUGUGCGGGGCGGCCGGAGAGAGCGGGUGUGUGUGGGGACUGGUGCAGGAGCAGGGGGAGCGCUCCGCCACUGCGGCUACGCUGCGCUGGGGACCAGAUGGUGCUGCUGCACAGGGGCACUGAGGUGAAUGUGUCGGGGAGUGUGUUCGAGGCGUCGCUGCGGCGCUGGGACGCCAGUGGGGAUCUACGGUGUGACCUGCGGAAUGACCUCGCCGGUUCCGCAUACGCCGUGGAGACGGACGAGGCAGGUUUCUUUGGCCUGUUCAGUGCCAUGCCUCCAGAGGUCCACACGCUGUUCCAGGAAGAUCACAACAUGUCCACAGUGUCACCCGACACACACACACCCCAUGAAGCAGAAGAGGGAACACCCCACACUGCUCACACAGAGUCUGUGGGGGGGUCGUUGGUGGCUCGUGAGCUGCGAGGGUCUCCAGGGAGGGGGCAUCUGUGGAGGAGGCACAGUAACGCCAGCAGCCUGGGGGUGUUGAACCCCACCACCUGCCUCCAGCAGGGAGACGUCCUGCUCUUCACCGUCACCAGAGAGCACCACCCCCAGUACGACACGUGA